AUUAGUUUACAUAUUUAUUUAUUUUCUAGCCCAAUAUCCCAUCAAGUGUAGUUUGCAGGAAAUUAUUAUUUUCUUAUUUAUCCAUCACCAUGUAUUAUUUACCAUAUUUACCCCUUUGACCGACAUUUUUCAUAUUAAAGAACGUUACGCACACAACACGCCAACAUUCAUUAGAUUGUAUCUAUCUAGCAAAAUAAAAUUUGUAAAAACUACUACUUGCUUGAAUUACGAUAAAAAUGCUACUAUCUGCUAUGGCUACACGUUAAUUGGCGGUUAUCUGUAUUUCUGUAGUCAUUCACCAGGCAUCGCAUCGCAUUUCAUAGUUUUUAGUUGGACAUCGCGGACGUCGUUGUAUCACACGAAUUGUAGAUAUCUAUCGUGAUUGCGCUAUCAGCUAUCCCUACCCAAAAGUGUUCGCGUCAAAACAAGUUAUAAUAUGAACUCGCAUGCGAUUCUGUCCAUCGCGUGUUACUAUGGAAUCCAGUGAGUACAAAAGAAAGUUUAAAGUGUUGUUUGAUAAACUUUUGCAUAACAAAUUCGAAUUAAGUGCUAAACAUUCUGAGGACUUGCUUAAAUACCUGAAUGGCAGCCAAGACAAAUGCGUUGCAAAGAUUUUAGAAACUCCGUUCUUCGCAAAUUUGCUUGUUUAUGCAAUAAAAAAUACAGAGUUCGCAUCAACAUCGGUGAAUAUAUUUUACUCGAAGCUCGUGAGCAUCGUACUAAGCAAUGAGGUUCUCUUCAACCGAUUCGUGCAGAUGCAGGGCUUUGAGUUGCUCGUGGACCGCAGCCAUGCAGAGAGUGCAACUGUCGUCACCCCCACCGAAGUGGGGCUAGCUAAAGCCCAGCAGUCAAUGGCGCUGGUAGCUCAUUACUCCGGGGUCAAGUACGUCGUUGAAAAUAAAAUCUACCAAAUGGUCAUGACCUCUCUCACACAAUACAGACCGCCAGCUGAAACGGCAGCAGUCUUGUAUGAAUUUAUGUCGAAAUUAAUAUGGAAGUUGAACGAAUAUGAAGAAGAAGAGGCAUUAUUAGAAGUCCUAAAAUACAUUGUAAAACCUCUAUUGGAAUACUCUUUAUCUAGCCCGACAAUAGAAGCGGAAAGCCUUAUGGUUCAAUCAGACUCUCUAUUACCGUCCCUGCACGCGUUAGUGCACAUAUUAGGAGAAGUGGAGCAUUUGGCGGAGCCUAGUAAUAUAGUGUCAAUGCUGUCACAAGUGUUUUCCAUAGAGAGUACACUGACUACAGCCCUAGAAAAGUCGAGGGAGCCGGAGUUGGCCCGCUUGCUGGCCGAGGUUACGCUGCGCUACUACUACGCAACGAGCCGUCAGGUCGCGUCGCUCCUGCCCGAUUCCGAGGCCCGAGUUAACCAAGAAUUCCACGACGCCGUCAACAAAAUAAUGUGCAUAUUAAUCAAGAAGAGGUCUUUCGCGACCGUCCUUGAAUUUCUCUCCCACUGCCACGCCUUCUGGCACAAAGUGGAACGGGUCAUGGCGCAGGUAGCGUUCGAAAAAUUUGGCAAGAAAUUUAUAUUACAAAAUCAUUUCCUACUUCUAAUGUUAAUGCCUUUAUAUCUGAGGCAAAAGUAUGGCAAAAGGUUAGUCCGCGACCUUAAAAUGGAGGAUGCAACCGAAAUAUUCCACAGCGACGUGGCUAAGACAAUUCCGUACGACAUGGUGAACACGAGUUAUGAUUUCAGGGAUUUAAUAACAGAAUCGACGGGUAAUAAUUUAACUUUGGCGUGCAUCUACUCGUUGCGGGAGCUCUUAAAGUUGAAAAGGCUGCUGAGCCGGCAGCAUGCGUGCGUGGUGUUUAAGACGCUGUUUUACACGCUGAGCGAGUUCGUGCUGACGGACGGUUCGGAUCUGGUGCUACUGGUCAACCCGCUGCGCACGCCCGACGACGUGUGCUUCCUUGCGCUCAUCCUCGACGCCAUCGCUAUGCUUCUCGACGAGCAUGAGAUCAACUGGCAUGAGAGCCUGGAAGUCGGGGAGCUGCAAGCGGCGCUCAUAAAUUUAAUAAAGCUAAACAUCUUGCCGGUCGAGCUGCUGGUGCGAGCGCUGGAGCUGGUGACGACGUGCGUGUGCAAGCUACUGUCGCCGGAGCUGGCGCUGCUGAUGGAGCCGCAGCGUGGCGGCUCGCUGAGCGAAGCGGCGGGAGCGGCGCGGCGCGUGCUCCAGCGGCCUGAAAGUGAAACCCGACUCGCCGCGCUACAGCUGAUUUUAAGCUUCUUGGAGGUCGCUUAUGUCAAGUUCAUGCCGCUGCGCGCUGUGAUAUCUGCGCACGGGCUGCUGUGCGGGGCUGCGCACUGCGCGACCAAGGACCCCGACGCGCGCGUGCAGGCCGCGGCGCUGCGCUGCCUCGUGGCCGCGGCGAGCUGCGAGGACCUGUGGACUGAGCUGCUCGACCACUGCCAGCAUCUAUAUGAGCAACUGGUGAGCAACUUGCGCUACAGCCCCGAAGGGGAAGUGCGUAAAGAGGCAGCCAAUGUACUGACGCACGUCUACAUCAACCGCAAGGUUAAUGAGGCCUUCACAACCUGCGUUUCCAAGGCCAUGGCCAGAGCGGCCACAGAAGACCCGCACUGGCCUGUUCAGAUAGCAGCCUUGAACUUCUGGACGCAACUGAUGAAGAAACAAUUCACAGACAGAGGAAUGAUCGAUGGCACAUUCCCCUCUGUUACCUUUUGCAAGGACAAGAGGAAGAUCAUAGUUUUGAACGACAAAGAAAUACAUAAACAACUACAAAUCGGCAUGGAUAAUCUGUCGAAAACAGGCUGCUUGGCUGUGAUGGUCAAAUGUUUGAAUUCAACCAAUAGUGAAGUGAUGGACAAGGCUUUUAAAAUUACUAAUAAAGUAAUAGAAGCUUUAGAUCGUUAUAAAUUUAGUUGUGUUCCAAGCGUUGUGAAAAGUGCUAUUAGUCAUACUCCUCCCACUGCAGAUAAGGACGAAGUUCAAGACAAAAAGGCAAGGUAUUCAAGCACUAAACAAGAGGUUAGUGAUCUCAUCUCGGAAAUUUUUGAGUGUUUAAGUACAUAUAGUUCGAGCCCCAUAGAGAUUAUGGAGCCGAGUGAGUUUAUAGAUAAAGUAAGAGAAGCGGCGAAAAAGCGGCCGUCAAAAGUUGACUUAGGAAUUUUGAUAGACGAAUUGGUGGCGUUAUGAUUGGUGGUGUGAACUUGCUGCAUUUAUAUGUAAAUAUAGAGUACCACAAAUAUAAAGUAUAAGUACUUAGUGUGUGUGAGAUGUCGAAACCGUUUCAUACUGAACGAGGAGUUCGUCAGGGCUGCGUCAUGCCUCCAAAACUAUUUAACUUGUAUGGCGAGUACAUCAUGGGGAAAGCACUGGAGGACGUAGAGGUCGCCGUCACAAUAGGCGGCCGUAAGAUCACCAACCUAAGAUAUGCAGAUGACUUCAUUAUUGCUGAAUCUAACGUGGAAGACAUGGCUUUUCUGCUGAAGAAAGUGCACGCUGCACGCAAGAGAUUCCCCGACGUGCUCGAAUGGCUAAAAGUGCUAUGACUAACCUCAAAAAGUUGUGGAAGGACGAUUAGUGCAGGCACUGGUAUUCUCCAUCUUUAUGUACGGUGCAGAAACCUGUGCAUCAAAAGCUUGGACGAGAGCAAAAUCGAUAUUUUCGAGAUGUGGUGUUGGAGAAAGAUUCUAAAAAUCCCAUGUACCGUAAUGAAAACAAAUGAGUCCAUUCUGGGAGAAUCCCCAAACGACUCUCAACAAUCUGCCAGGAGAAGGCUCUCAGAUUCUUUGGGCAUAUAAUGCGAUCGCCACAGCCUCGAACGUGACAUCAUACUGGGUCAAAUUGAAGGCAAGUGCGCUAGACAAAGAGCACCUGCAAGAUGGUUGGAUUCCAUUAGAUAAGCAUGUGGUUCCAUGCAGAGGGCAGGCCACAUAGCCCUUAAUCGCGUUAAAUGGAGGGGCAUAGUUGUUGGUCACGAUCCUCAGGCAUGAGGGAACGACGAAGAAAAAGAAGUGUGUGAGAUGAAGGUUGUAACUAUAAAUUAUAUAGGUACACAAUUUGUAUCUACUGGAUCUUCUUAAUGUACAUUUUUAUACGAAAUUGCUUGUUUGUUUGAAGAAGCUUUGAUUUAUAAUUUGUGAUAUAGGUAGGUAAGCAGAUAGAUCCAGGGAGAGAUGCGAUUUAGACACAAAAGAUCAAUAAAAAUAUGUUUCAAUGUA